AUGAAAGUCCUGCUCUGCCUGCUGCUGAUCUCUGCUGUUGCGGCACUUCCCUUCGAGAUCCGAGAUCCCACCAGAGAUCCCGCGCUCGAACAACCAGGUAAUUAUAAUAUUUCUGAGACUUUAUUCUCUUACAGAAGAAACUUUUGCUCGCUCUGAUGUUGACAAGGAUGACAAAUUGACCUUUAAUCAGUUCUUGUUGACCGAUCUCCCUUAUGUGCAGCUAAAGAAGGAAGAAUUUAACAAUCUCGACAUUGAUCAUGAUGGAUUUGUCACCAAAACAGAGUACGAACAACACUAUCAGAAGGAAAAAGAGAGUGCCUACGACCUGAAGGCCGAAUACUUUGGCCAACUUUAUGAUCAAUUCGAUGAAAAUAUGGAUCUGAAACUGGAUAUCAACGAGAUUAAGAACGUCCUCGAGAAGAGAUUCCUGUUAAAACCCCGGGAAAAUUUUAGCCAAAUCUUCAAGGGAUUCGAUAAAAAUAAUGAUGGAGCCCUUGAUCUGGAGGGUAAGUUGAUUAUUAUAUAUAUAAGAUAUCUACAAAUAAACAUUCAUCAUUACAAUAUGUUAAUUUUAGAGUACAUCAAAUUCGAUGCCGAGUUUCCCUUCCAAGAAUUGGAUCCUUUGGAUGCCGCGGAGAAGGUACCCCAGAAAUCAGACCACAUCGAGUUCAAAAAAGAAAAGCUCCCCAUGAUGAAGAACAACUGA